CUUGCCCACCCAGACAAAUUCAACGAGGUCGUCCUGGAGAUGGACCCACGGAGGUACGCAGGGCUUAUCCAGGAGAUGGACCGCUGGGGUGGUGCCAUCGAGCUGUCCAUUCUGUCCGAUAUCUAUGACAUGGAGAUCUGUUCCGUGGAUGUGAAGACACAGCGUGUAGACCGCUACGGCGAGCACAAGUCCACACGCUGUCUUUUGCUUUACUCUGGCGUCCACUACGACCGCAUCGCCUUCACCAUGGACCUCAGCCUGCCCAUAGAUUUUGACGAGGUCAAGUGGGACACAGAAAACGAUGCGGUCCUCUUCAUGGCGCAGAAGCUGGCGAAACAGCUCAAGGAGCAGCACUACUUCACAGAUACCACCGACUUUGUGCUGCGGUGCGAUGUGCCGGGCUGUGGGUGGAUUGGCGCCGGAACCGCAGAGGCGACAAAGCACAUGAAGGAGACGGGACACUCGGCCUUGAGUGAAAUGGAGAUUACUUGAGCUCGAUGUUGCUUUUUCUUGGGUUUUCAAGUUCUGUGGGUGUGUGGUGUCAACUUACUGUUAGCGAGACGUGGAUGGUCUUGAUGUGUGGAUUGCCUGUUUCAAGUUCUUGCAACUCAUCUGACGCAUAGAAGUUUUAGAAGUUCCGCAAGAUACCAAUACAAUUCAGUCUUCUUUUCUUGGCC